AAAUUAAGGGAAAAAAUUGAAAACCAAUGGCACAAUCCUCGGCGCUCACCCAAUCCCGUCGGUGACCAAACCGAAGCACGGCUCCGCUGGCGUUUCCCGACGAUUCUUAUCCUUCUCGCCGCCGGCUAAGGGUUUCAUUUCUCCUAGCGGCCACCACCGCCACCGCUUCCGCUUCCGAGAGACUGAGCCAGGGAGGGAAAUUGGAUUUGCGAUUCAUUUCAUUUCUGAGUCAGAUUCAGCGAUGUCCCAGUGCCUAGGUUCGAAGAUAAAUAAGCUCUUGCCUUUUCCUUUGGUCCUGUUUACGAGCACCUAAGUUCAAAUCAGAGGUUUCCUGAUCUAAUUCUGCCCGCGUUGUCAGUUGAAAGUCCAUAAGGCCUCUUGCUUUUUCCUUUGGAUGCUAUUUAUAAACACACCAGUCUCGAAAUCAGCAAUUUCCUGAUCUAGUGCUACCCUCUUUGUCGGGUUGUAAUAUAUAAGGACUCUUGCUUUUGCUUUUGAUGCUAUUUAUGAACACACCAGUGUCAAAGUCAGUGAUUUCCUGAUCUAGUGCUACUCUCUUUGUCUGGUUGUAACAUUUUCCUUCUUUUGAUGCUAUUUAUGAACACACCAGUGUCAAAGUCAGCAAUUUCCUGAUCUAGUGCUACUCUCUGUCUGGUUGUAAUAUAUAGGGACUCUUGCUUUUUUCCUUUUGAUGCUAUUUAUGAACCCGCCGGUAUCAAAACCAGCAAUUUCCUAAUCUAGUGCUACUCUCUUUAUAAGGUAAAAUCCUCUCUUUCCUAUCCCUUUGGUAUGCUGUGAUUCGGAGUAAAUACGGGAUGGUUAAUAGGUGGGGCACCAGGAUUGUUAUGGGAGGUUCCACAUGGAAUCCUUGGAAAGACAUGUCUUCCAAUUACCCUUCUUUUUCGAGCUGUUGCGAGUUUGUCCUGGGCAAUGGUGAAGGUAUUAGAUUAUGGGAGGACGACUGUCUGGGAGAUAAUAUUACCUCAUUUCCUAUGCUCUUUAAUAUUUCCAGUUAUUAGAACAAAGUGAUUUCUGGCUUUGUUCUCUCUCCUAAUGUCAUGAAAAAUUGCGAUUACUCAGAGUGCAAGUUUUGGAUUGAAAUGAACUUGCAGUACUAUGGGGUGUUUUUUUUUUCCUUCUUCACAUCCGGCGGCCAGAUUGUGAAUAUGUUUCAGAGGAGGGAAUAAAAGUUACACUGCCGAGUCAGAUUCAGAUUCAUUGGUUGCCUGAUCUAAUAUUGGCUGGCUUUGUUAGUCGUCGUGUUCUUUUGCCUUGCCUAUUAAUGUGUUUCGGUGAUUUCAAAUCCACACACGACAUUCGAGAUGCAAGGUUGUGAAUUGUGCAGCCGAUUGAAAUUUCGCUCCUUUGUUAGGUAAAAACGCCUACACCAAGCAAAUUGACUUCGAUUUUGCCGGUCUCCAUGAGAGAUCUUAAUGGUACAAUUGCCACUGAUGGAGUCUGCAGUAGAACAACCCAGUUAUCUCCUAGAGCAGUACCGGCCUAUGCUAAUAUUCUUCCCCCAAUAAGAUUGAAAAGGACAUCAUCAAUAUUGCGGGACAAUAAUAUUGAUCAUCUGCCAGAGUCAUUAUUGGUUGAAAUCCUUUGUAGACUCCCUUGUUUUAAGUCCGUUUCUCAAUGCAAGCUUGUUUCCAAGCGUUGGUGCAGUCUCCUAUCAGAUCCUCAUUUUAUCCGCCUUUUUCUAUGUGUUCAAAGGAAUCGUAAGAAAAAGCCAACAGGUUCUGCCAUAAGCAUACAAGGGGAGGAAUUCCUUAGUAGAGUUUCACCAUCCUCUAGGCCCCUAGCUCAGUUGUUCAAAGGGCUUGUGAGCAUCCACGGUUUGAAACAAGAGCCAAUUGUGGUAGGUGCCUACAACGACUUAGUUUUGUGCUGCGCAAGCGAGUAUAGUCAGCGCGAUUACUACAUCUGCAAUCCACACACAGUCCAGUGGGUUCCUCUUCCUCCCCCACCUCAAGUCUACAGUUAUGUAACGGUGGGGUUCACCUGCGAUCUUCCCUUCUAUGACUAUAAGAAAGAUGAUCAGCAAGGGGACAUCAUCCAGCUUAAUGCGGAGUACAAGUUCAGGGUUGUGAGAUUAAUUGACCCUCGUGUUGAUGAUGAUGACGAUGAUGAUGUAGUUUCCUGCGAAAUCGAAGCACAGAUCUUCUUUUCGGAGACCGGUGAAUGGAGGGAGUUCGUUUUGUCAUCCCCAUCCGCCAUCGCGGUAGGAGACCUGUGUAGAGAGAGUAUUGGCGUUGCUUCCAACAAAAUGAUGUAUUGGCUGGGCGGUGGAGGAGAGUUUCUUAUUGGGUUUGAUCCGUUCAUGAUCGACAACAGUGAUAAUACUAGAACUCAUUAUAAAUGCUUUUUCAGUGAGUGUGGCGAGUGGGAUUCCGGUUUAAUGGAUUCCCUAGUUACGCUUGACGGGCGUCCGCGGAUGUGCGUGUACGACUCUCCUACUCGCACUCUGUCUAUUUGGGAGGUGUAUGAAGCAAAGGAAGGUGAUCAGACGGUCAUGAUCCACGGUGGAGCAGGCAGUUUGUGUGUGAGACGUUAUAAGAGCGUAUACUUGGGGGAUGAAGAAAUGGUUGUGAUUAGUCCAAAUAUAAAUCAUAUUAGAGCGGUUGUUUUCGACCCGAAUAAUGAGGAUUUGGUGUAUCUGGUUAUAGAUAGUACCAGAGACUGGAACAAGAAAGACGUUAUCAGGUGCAAUACUCGUACAAGAGAGAUGUCAAAGGUGUUGUUUGCACCUGUUUCCAUUUGUGCUUCCGUGGUGGCCGACACCAGUCCGUCAACUACCACAACGUGGCGAGCCCAGGCCAAACCUCUCAACUUGAUUUGGCAAUUGGAAACCCAGAUGUCCCGGUGCCUAGGUUCGGAGAUAAAUAAGAGGUCUUGCCUUUUUCCUUUGAUCCUGUUUACGAGCACCGAAGUUCAAAAUCAGCGGUUUCCUGAACUAAUGCUGCACGCGUUGUCAGUUGAAAGUCCAUAAGGCCUCUUGCUUUUGCCUUUGGAUGCUAUUUAUUUAUAAACACACCAGUCUCGAAAUCAGAGAUUUCCUGAUCUAGUGCUACCCUGUUUGUCAGGUCGUAAUAUAUAGGCACUCUUGCCUUUGCCUUCUGAUGCUAAUUAUGAACACACCGCCUUCUGAUGCUAAUUAUGAACACACCAGUGUCAAAAUCCGCAAUUUCCUGAUCUAGUGUCAGGACUCGUGCUUUUGACUUUUGAUGCUAUUUAUGAACACGCCAGUGUCAAAAUCAGCGAUUUCCUGAUCUAGUGCUACUCUCUGUCUGGUAAAAUUAAAAUCCAUCUCUCAAUUAUGGGAUCGAUUGUAUGAAUCCUGAAAUGCCAUUGCACUCGGUCUUGUACUCCAUGUCUUUUAGAGUUUCUUUCCAAGUCUUUCUAGAUCUUUUUCUACCCUUAUACCUUGGACGUCUCUCAUAAAGACACCUUUCUAACAGGAGCAUUUGUAGGUAAAGACUGGUGGAGCAACGAUAAAGAAUUUUGCCUUGUGUAUCUUUCUGAAGCGAGAGUUUCAACUUUUUCAUGGUAAUAGGGAGUCAACUUUGGGUAUUAAUGAGAAAAAUAGUCAAAAUAUGAAAAACAAAAAAAAAUAACUCAUCUCAACGAUAACCCCUCAAAACAAAAACAAAAUCAAAAUCAAAAUCAAAAUCAACCGUUGGAAACUGUUUGAAAAGGAUAGCACACUUGUAAUUAUGUGUAAAACCAGUGUUGUAGAAAUAGUGAUUGGCAUUCAGAUUGUGUACAGCCAAAAAGGUAUCUUCUCGUGUCAUGUGGCUAAUGAGAGACUUAUAGAACAACAGAUCUGGAGAGUGCACCAAGGCUAGCAUCCCUCUUAAACUAAUUACAGACCAACAACCUACAAUCAGAUAUUGAAACUCAAAAAACCCUAUCUCUAAGCCUUCACCCUCUUCUUCCCUGGUUGACCACAGUAACGAAUCUCUGAAAUCAAGUCCGGUCGCUCCCUUUGAAGUAGACCUUGUCUGUGCCUAAAAGUUCUAGCUCUUUCAUUCUCCCUGUAAAACCCCUGAUGGACAAAUAAGACAUUUAAGAAACUUUUUCCUAAAAAAAAAAAAAAAAAAAAAAAAAAAAAAAGCUGCUUAAUUGACAACUUACAAAAUCAUGGAACGACUUUAGCCAAGCCGUUUUUGUCUGUCCAUACAACUCUACCACAAGGCUGUGGAAUUUGGUAAAAUUGUGAACAAUGAAUGAAGCGUUAUCUCCUCCCCAGGAGAUAACACUUCUGAUAUCUUCAUCCACCGAUGAUUUUGUUAAUAGGCUGAAUAGAUUCUUCACAGGCUCUCUUGCUCCCAUCCGUACACCAUAGUACGCACCCAAGUUUUCCGUCAUCUUCCAAACCUGGUGAACUUCUGAAGCAAACAACCCUUUGAAAACAAUCUUAUGUUGCCCCUUCAACACAUCUGCCUUCAUAGUUUUGGUAACCUACAACAAUAUUUUACAUUAAAUGAAAGGAAAAAUGGCUUGGAUAAAGAUAUCAUCGGUGGAUGAAUCGAUUCAGCCUGUUAACAAAAUCAUCGGUGGAUGAAGAUAUCAGAAGUGUUAUCUCCUGGGGAGGAGAUAACGCUUCCUUCAUUGUUCACAACUUUACCAAAUUCCACAGCCUUGUGGUAGAGUUGUAUGGACAGACAAAAACGGCUUGGCUAAAGUCGUUCCAUGAUUUUGUAAGUUGUCAAUUAAGCAGCUUUUUUUUUUUUUUUUUUUU